CAAUAACUCGUUCCUAUAUGCUAAAAAACAUGCAGCAGAUUCCUUCACGCUUCAUGAAGUCUCUAGCUUUUUCUUCACCACCAGGCAUCACCAUUCGUGAAGAAAUUGCUUAUUCUUUACCCAAAGGUUUCUGCAUGUUUGUGUGUGUGGCAUUGCAAUGGUUGUACUGAAGAAGGGGAAGACACAACUCUUUAAAAAGGGUAGUCCAAUGGUGUACAGUGGAGCAGUUGAUAGAAUACUUGGUAGACCACCACCAAGAACUGGAGAUAUUGUGCUGGUAGCUGACGGGACAGAGAGACCAAUCGGAUGGGGAUUGUAUAAUUCAGUAUCCAUGUUCUGUGUUCGGCUUAUGCAGCUAGAAGAGGAAGCAACAAGAGAUCCUUCAUGUGCAUUCAACAUGAAGAAACUGCUUGAAGCAAGAAUAGAUGCAGCAAGAGAACUACGUGAAAGUUUGGGGCUUCCGUCAGCCAAUACAAAUGCAUAUCGUCUUGUAAAUAGUGAAGGAGAUAGAUUGUCUGGAUUAAUUGUUGAUGUUUUUGGAGACAUAGCUGUUAUAGCAUCAUCAGCUGCUUGGGUUGAGAAGUACAAACAAGAAAUUGAAGCUGGCAUCAGUAGGAUUGAUGAAAUUAAUCAUAUAUUCUGGAGACCUUCUGUUGAAAUUUUGAAAGAAGAAGGAAUCAAUUCAUCAGAGUUGAAGGAAAUGCAUCCAUCUACUUGUCCUGAAAGAACUAAGGUAAUGGAAAAUGGAAUUUUUUAUGCAAUUUCAUUGGACGGGCAGAAGACCGGAUUUUAUGCUGAUCAGCGCGAAAACCGUCAGUUCAUAUCAACAAUUUCAGGUGGUAAAAAAGUUCUUGAUAUUUUCUGCUACAGUGGUGGUUUUGCUCUGAAUGCAGCACGUGGGGGUGCAGUUAAUGUCACUGGGGUUGAUACAUCAUUGCCAGCUCUGGAGCUUGCAAAAGAAAAUAUUGUUCUUAACGACAUGGACCCAAGAAGAAUAACCUUUCUCAGAGAAGAUGCAAUGGAAUUUAUGAAGGGUGCUCUUUCUAGGAAUGAAUCAUGGGACGUAGUCGUUGUUGAUCCUCCUAAACUAGCACCACGAAGAAAGGUUUUACAAAGUGCAUUAGGCAUGUACAGAACUUUAAACUCUUUAGCAAUGCGGUUAACAAGGAGAGGUGGACUUCUCAUGACCUGUUCAUGUUCAGGAGCUGUGACCCAAAGUGGCAUGUUUUUGUCCACUCUCCAGGGUGCUGCAUCAAUGGCAGGGAGGAAAAUUACUAUUCUACGACAGGCAGGAGCAGCCUGCGAUCAUCCUAUUGACCCAUCCUACCCAGAAGGUGCAUAUCUUUCCAAUGUUUUCCUAAGAGUACUGUGAAUGGAAAGCCAUCAUCUGAUGAAAAGAAUGGGAAAGCCACCGUGAAGUGCUGAAUCUAACCCAUAUAGAGAGGACCAGAAUCUUGCAAAACAUAGCCUAUCCUGCAGAUAGCAAAUCCUAUCCACUGCUUAAUUUCUUAACUAUAGCUGCAUUUUUCGAUCAAAUCAUAAAUGAUCAUAUAGGUUCUCGCCAUCUCAAUUAAUGUACUUUCUCACAAUCCUUUUCCUUGUACCUCCUAUAUAGUGUUGCUCCCCAUGAUAGAUGUAGACUUAUAUGGGUCCUUAAUGCUCAUAAAAAACCACCUUCGAUGGACUUUUGUGCGACUUAUCCAGGUUUUUUUCCUUUCUCGUGGGAGUUUCAUUGGGUUUAUGUGUUACCAAUGGAAAUUUUUUUCCCCAAAACCCCGCUUCCUAAGACACAAGCUGGAUUUGAUUUCUAAUUAUUUAUACGACCAUGAGAGAUUUAUCAGUUGAGCUAA